GUUUGCCGUCGACGUGUGUGAGGACGUGGAAAUCGUUGUGCGUGUGGCUCAUUCAGAAAUCCAAUCCGCAUUCACAUCGCGGAUUCACAAAUAAACUUUCCUCCAGCACACGUAGAUCGUUCCGUCGUCGUGUGGUGCCUCCAAAGUUGUUUUCCAUCCCGCGCAUUCCACGUAAAUAAAGUGCAAAAUGCCGACUCCAGCGAGUGCUACGUCCGUGGGCAGCGGUAGCCGAUCGCCCUCGAAGCCAACCUCGGCGCCCCGUGCGGCCGCCGGUGGUGCCAGCAACCUGAAGCAGCGCAAAACGACCACGACGACAACGGCGGCCCGGAAUCGCACGACAGGCACCGGAUCCGGUGGCAUGUGGCGUUUCUACACCGACGACUCUCCCGGCAUCAAAGUUGGCCCCGUUCCGGUUCUCGUGAUGUCGCUGCUGUUCAUCGCCUCCGUAUUUAUGCUGCACAUCUGGGGCAAAUACACUCGCUCGUAAAGUGUGUGUUUGUGCUGUCUCAUCUGUUUUUUGCUAAGAUCCGAUAUUUUCCCCUCAGUUCAGUUUGUUGAUUAUGUUUGUCCGCAUUGGAGUUCAAAAGUUACUGUUCCUGCCCUCUCGACUUUCCUUUACCGCACCCAUGCUCCCUCCGAUUACGCUCGCUUUCUCUCAGCCUGGUUAGCUCUAGAACUGCAAACUCUGAAAGAGAGCUAAACUGGGCGAAAGUGCAACAUGUGAGGGAGGGCAUACCGAAGGACCUCCGUGUCCGCGAUGGGUGCUUUCCAUGUUUCUGUGCGGCCAGCAGAGCAAUCGUGUCCAAGCGGCAUCAUCAACAACAUCAUCACCGUCACCACAACCACCACCGUGAUCAACAUUAAUGAUCGGAGAAUAUGACUGAGGCUUAUGUUCCACCGAUCUGCUGUGCCGAUCGUGCUUGGUUUUGCUCCAUUGCCUCCGCUUCCGGUUGCCCUCUGCUGGUCUCUAAUUUAAAUAUGAAAUUCUCUAGCUCAACGUAAGGCAAUCUUUAUUAUUACGUACGGAAGAGAGACAUAAUAUAAUUAUAUACAAAACCAG